UUUUAAUAAAUGAUUGUGUUGACAAUAUGACUCUAAAAUUCAUAUAAUAUGAUCUUAAACUAAAUAAUUAUGUUUUUUGGUAUAAAACCGAAUAAACCGAAAACCGAUGGUAUAUAAACCGAACCGAACCGAUGUAAAUAUGAAUUUAGAAUGGUAGUUAUAUUUUACUAACCGAAAUACCGAAAACCAAAAAAAAUCGAACCUAAACCGAACCGAUAUCCGGAUGAACACCCCUAGUUUUAUCUACUAUGUAUUAAGAAAUAAUUAACACAUUCAAUAAUAUUAAAGAAUAAAAAACUCUGUCAAUUGUUCAUAGUAUAAGUCCAAAGUUAAACUAAGUCCAGCCAAAGAAAUAAAACCCAGAAACACGUGUCGGCCUGUCAGAGAGUGACUUUCCACGUAGAUAGUUUAGGAGAGAGGCAAACAUAUUUAUAUAUAUAUAUCAAAUGUUAUUUUCUAAAAGAAAAAUCAUUUUUGUUGAAAUUAGAUUAUCAUAAAUUAAUUGAAAUAUAAUUUCGUAUUGUAGUGGAACCAAUAUGAAAAUCUAAAAAAAAACUUGUAGAUAAGUGUGUGACUUGUAUAUUUUGGUCACUGCAUAAACAACUUUCCUUCUCAUUAGCCAUUUCUAAGAAUUUUAAAAUCAGGGUUUGAAUUUCAUUUUUCAUAAAGUUUCGUGGAUAUUACUAAAUUUCCAAAUAAUAUAAGCCUCUGUACCAAAACGUUCUGGUUACCUUCUCCACUUUGAUCCGUUUAGGGUUUAAGACGUUAAACCCAGAAACCUUACAUCGGAGCCCAAAAUGGCGAAUUCAAUGGCUACGCUUUCUAGAAGACUCUACCGAUCUCUCCUAUACCACCCCAGAUUCUCUCAAUCUCUCAGAUCUCUCUGCACCAACAACAACGUCGACGAGUUAUCAUCCUCCAUCUCAGACACUGAAUCACCCCAUGAACCAAACGCUUCAGAUCCGAACCAUCGAUUCUCCGGAGAAGAUCGCGUGAUGGAGGAGGGUCCUCUCGAGAACGGCCUCGACGCUGGCAUUUUCAAGGCGAUUUUGGUGGGGCAAGUGGGGCAGCUACCUCUGCAGAAGAAGCUGAAGAGUGGCAGAACGGUUACUCUCUUCUCUGUGGGAACCGGUGGGAUUAGGAAUAACCGGAGACCGUUGAUUAACGAAGACCCCAGAGAGUAUGCGAACCGUUCUGCUGUGCAGUGGCACCGUGUCUCUGUUUACCCUGAACGUUUGGCUGAUCUUGUGUUAAAGAACGUUGAACCAGGCACCAUUGUCUACUUGGAGGGUAAUCUGGAGACGAAGAUUUUCACUGAUCCAGUCACUGGUUUGGUUCGACGAAUUAGAGAAGUCGCUAUUCGUAGAAACGGCCGAGUUGUGUUCUUAGGAAAAGCUGGUGAUAUGCAGCAGCCAAGUUCUUCUGAGCUUAGAGGCGUUGGCUAUUACUGAUUUGUUAACAAACAAGUUCUCAUCAAGAUAUACAGUUCGGUAUUGUAGCUUUUCUCUUCAAUUGUCAGUAGCCCUUUUACAUUGUUUUGCUUAGUUGGUGGCAAAUAAACCGAACCAAUACAUUUGAGAUUAACCGAAUCAAAACCAA